AUGAAAGGGCACAACCUCCUCUGUCUUACUAUCUGUCACUCUCAUCAUCACACCACCCUCUUCUUCUUCACCAUCAAACCUCUUUUGCUUCUCUGCACCUUUUCUACUUCCCCAAGCCAUCACUCAUUCCACAUUCUAUUCCCCAAUUCCACUCCUAAAUAUCUUCUAUAUAACCCUAAUUCCACAUUCAUACGCAACAAAUCCCAAACAUAAGCAACCCUCAAUUCUUCACCAUGAUGCUCAGACUUCGAAGCCGCGACGGCCUGGAGCGAGUAAUCGUCGAAAACCCGCACACCACCACAGUGUCGGAGCUAAAACGGAUUAUCGAAGCCCAAUUGAGAAUUCCGGUUCACAACCAAACCCUUUCCACCAACCAGAACCUUCUAUUGGCGAAAUCGCGUGAAGAUCUCCAUCGAUUCACCGAUAUGGCCAACCCCGACCUCACUCUCUCAUCUCUCAACCUCGCCCACGGCUCAAUCGUCUUUUUGACUUACGAAGGCGAGCGCCACGUGGCGGGCCCCGCCUUCAACCCGGCGGGCUCCUUCGGCCGCAAGAUGACCAUGGACGACCUCAUCGCCAAGCAGAUGCGCGUCACGCGCCAGGAGAAUCCGCACUGCGAGCUCGUCUCCUUCGACCGCGACUGCGCCAACGCGUUCCAGCACUACGUGAACGACACGCUCGCCUUCGCGGUCAAGCGCGGCGGCUUCAUGUAUGGCACAGUUUCCGAGGAGGGGAAGGUGGAGGUGGACUUCAUCUACGAGCCGCCGCAGCAGGGGUCCGAAGAAAAUCUCUUGUUUUUCAGAGACCCCGAAGAGGAGAAACUCGUGGAGGCUAUUGCGGCGGGGUUGGGGAUGAGGAGGGUAGGGUUCAUUUUCACGCAGACUAUAAGCCAGGACAAGAAGGACUAUACUUUAUCGAAUAGGGAGGUGCUUCAGGCUGCGGAGUACCAUGCUGAGAGUGGAUUGAAAGAGUGGGUUACUGCGGUUGUUAAGCUUGAGGUGAAUGAAGAUAUGGGUGCGGAUGUGCAUUUUGAAGCGUUUCAGAUUAGUGAUGUGUGCGUGAGAUUGUUCAAGGAAGGGUGGUUUGAGACCGAGAUAAAGGACGACGAUGAUCCCAAGUUGUCUAAGAUGAAGAAGGAUGUGGUUGUCGGGGUUAAGGAUACCAAAGAAGUUGACAAUGAUUUCUUCUUGGUCGUCGUCAAAAUCUCAGAUCAUCAGGGUCCUCUUUCAUCAUCGUUUCCCAUUGAGAACCGGAACACUCAGAUGACUAUGAAGGCUUUGAGGAAUCAUCUGGACAGGACAAAAAGUCUUCCAUUUGUGAAGCGAAUUUCUGAUUUUCACCUUCUUCUUGUACUGGCAAGGGUUUUAGACCUGAAUGCUGAUGUCCCUGCAUUGACGGCAUGUGUGCAGACACAGACAUCUAUACCAGAAGGUUACCAGAUCCUUAUUGAGUCUAUGGCAAAUGCCGCUUGAUGCUAUGCACUCUACAUUCAGGCCCUUUGCAGCAACACGGUGCAUAUUGCUCCAUAGCUCCAUAGCACUCGCAGAAUGUUUAUGUUGGAGAUUUGUACAUUGCUUCUUCAUAGUAUUGCCACUGAAAAUCUCGGAUCUCUCGAUUUACUGAAAAUGAGCUGAUGUGGUUCACUUGUUUUAUUGUUUAAAUUAAUUAGAGAUAACUCUUACAACCAUUAGUCACUAUUUUAAGGGCGAUAAUGUUUCAAAUUAUAUAGUAUGAAGACGAUGUUUUUUAA